AUGCCGGCUACCAACGAAGGCUGGCCGGACACAUUUGGCUUUGGCUUGGGUGGCUUUGGUCCCUGUUAUAUACUUUGGGUGGAACCCGGAAGCAGCGCACAUUCAGCUGGUCUACAGCCAGGGGACCAGAUCCUGGAGGUGGAAGGAAGGCCAGUAACGUCACUGAGCUGUGAGUCUUUGGUACAGCUAGGACGGGAGUGUCACAACGUGCCACCCAGCAUUGGGGUAAUUUCAAGGAUCCAGCAGGUGACUGUACAACAGAAGCCACAGGAACCGACUGGCCUCACAUUGAGUGGAUGGAGACCUCUGCAGGUAGACCGUGUUAACCUUGGUUCUUCUGCAUCUCAAGCUGGGGUCCGUGCCGGGGACUACCUUCUCGAGGUCAACAGGGUCCCUGUCACCGAAAUAUCUGAAGCCACCCAACUGAUCUCGGCUUGUGAGGGUGAUACACUACAACUGGGACUCCUGCGCGUGGGUCACAGGCAGAGCAGGCUAUAUAACGCCAGCAGAAGAGGAUCAGAGACUGCAUGCCAAGCACAGAAGCUCAAAGCUCAGGAGUUCAAUCGUAAACUCGAUGAGGUCCUUGGAGAGCAGCCGGCCCUGAAGGAGAAGGUCUUUUCUCUACUGAAGCAGUACGCCCAGGAGAGGAAGGUGGACCGGUUGGCCUACACGCUUCCCAUGAUCCUCACAGAGGAGUCUCAGCAUCGCCUCAUCGAAAACAUCAGGAUCUUCAUUCCAAAGAGGCACCGGCAAAGAUUUGACCACGUGGUGUCCCAGAGUCUCAUCAGCAAGAUCUGCCGAACUCGGAGCGAACGCAGCAACCGCCUGCGCAGGAGUCGUAGUGAGGACCACCAUGAGAGGUUGCUGGUAUCAACGCGAGCCGCUCCCAUCCCACACUGCCAGGAUGAGCUGGGAAGGGGACUGAAGAAGAGCAGCUCGUUGAUCGCUGGCAGCGUUGGCACAGGGAAACCCCACAGGACGGUACGGGUUUGUAAAGGCAGCAGUAGCUUUGGUUUCACGUUACGUGGCAAUGCUCCCGUCUGGAUCGAAUCCGUUGUCCCAGGCAGUCCUGCAGAGGUGGCCGGACUCCGAGCUGGAGACAGGAUUUUGUUUCUCAAUGGUCUGGACAUGAGGAACUGCUCGCAUGAAAAGGUCGUCUGUAUGCUGCAGGGGAGUGGGGCUAUGCCCACGUUGGUCGUGGAGGAGGGAUGUGUCGCUUACUGUUCAGAUCCAGACUCGGAUACCCCGGUCCCAACAUCUGCCCUCACUUCCAUUCAGUGGGUGGCAGAAAUUCUGCCGUCCAACAUCCGCAUUCAAGGUCGGAGUUUUAGCCAACAACUGGAGCAUCUGCUGACCCCCACAGAGAGGUACACCGUGUGUAAAGGACUGGAGAGCUUCUUCCAGCACAGGAACAUCGACACGCUGAUCGUGGAUAUUUACCCCGUCCUGGACACCCCGGCCAAGCAGAUCAUCUGGCAGUUCAUCUUCCAGCUGCUGACCUACGAGGAACAAGAGCUCUGCCAGCACAAGAUCGCUCGGUUCCUGGGGUACAAGGCAGCUGCCGUGGAUGGGGAGACAGCACCCCCCGUGCGAGGCUCUGUCCACGGGCAGAUAGGUUACCAGGGCAGUACGCGUACCCCAGGUGUGGAGGAGAUCAAAACAGGAGCCCUGUGUGACCUUGUGGACGUUGUUCCACGCCUGACCCCCGGAGAAAGACAAGCCGGCGAUGGGACUUCUCUCCCGGAGACGCCUAACCCUAAAAUGAUGUCUGCCGUUUACGCCGAGCUAGAAAACCGUUUCCUCAACAACUUCCAGGGAAAAGCGAGCAGCGUGAAGUCCCGCGGCCCGUGUAACCUCUUGUACGGAGCAGGAGAGCGAAGGUUGCCACAAGGUCCACCCUCUGACCAGUGUCCUCCGCGGCCACCUAGCGCCCCAUCUCCUAGCAGCUCGGAGUCCAACCCGUACGUGAGCCUCGACGGCAGCCUGCCUUCCUCCCCAACGCACCGCAAGAUCUUCACCUUCUCCCGGCCCAGCCGCUCCAGAGACACAGACCGCUUUCUGGAUGCGCUCAGUCGGCAGCUGGGCCAAAAUCUCACCCUCACUGACCAGUUUCUGACCUCGGAGAACGACUAUGAAGAGAUGACUUUCCAGGACGAGCAGUUCAGUUGUCUUCCCCGUGAAGCGAGCAGCGCUAGUGAAUCCAUGAGCAGCAGUGAGGAUGGAAGCUCCCUCACCUACUCCUCCGUGUCCGACCAUAUUCCACCUCCCCCGCACAGCCCUCCUCCUCCUCCACCACCUCCCCAGAACCUACACCCCAGGGUCAUCACGACUCUCAAACCCGACCCAUCCAAAGGAACCCAGACUCCUUCUCCUCGAGGAGCUGGGAGCACCUCCAAUCCGCUCCCCCCAGCUCCUCCGCCUCUCCCUACUGCCCCGGUACCCCCGGCCCCUCCGCUGGACCCGUUGGCUCACCGCGGAAUGCACCGGCGAAGCGAAUCCAGCCACAUGAGCGUGAAGAGGUUGCGCUGGGAACAGGUGGAAAACUCAGAAGGGACCAUAUGGGGUCAGCUGGGGGAGGAUUCGGAUUAUGACAAAUUGAGUGAUAUGGUGAAGUACCUGGACUUGGAGCUGCAUUUUGGGACCCAGAAACCAUCACUCCUCCCGGUUUUACCCGAAUCCUUAAAAAAGAAAGGUGCUGUUGAAAUUCUGUCUCACAAGAAGGCCUACAAUACAGCCAUCCUGAUCGCGCACUUGAAGCUCGCCCACCAGGAACUGCGGCACGUCCUUAUGACGAUGGAGAACGAACGCCUGGAGCCCUCGCACAUCAAGCAACUGUUACUCUACGCUCCUGACGAAGAGGAGAGGAAACAUUUCCAGGAAUACGGGGGCAGCCCCAGCAAGCUGAGCGAACCGGAUCAGUUUGCGUUACAGAUGCUCUCGGUUCCGGAAUACAAGAUGCGCCUACGGAGCCUGCUCUUCAAGAGCACCCUGCAGGAGAAGACGGAGGAGAUCCGAGCCAGCUGCGACUGUGUUCUGAAGGCCUCCGCCGAGCUCAACAACAGCAAGAAGUUGGCCAAGAUCCUGGAGUUUGUCCUUGCCAUGGGGAACUAUCUGAACGACGGACAGCCCAAAACCAACAGGACAACGGGAUUUAAGAUCAACUUCCUUACAGAGCUCAACACCACAAAGACAGUGGAUGGGAAAUCCACCUUCUUGCACAUUCUCGCCAAAUCUCUCAGCCAACAUUUUCCAGAACUGCUGAGCUUUGCCAAGGAUCUCCCCACCGUGCCUCUUGCUGCCAAAGUAAAUCAGAGGUCCCUGACAGCAGAUCUGAGCGACCUCCACGCAACCAUCCAGGAAAUUAAGAGCGCCUGCAGCCGAAUGCCCUGCGCCCCCGACGACAGGUUCCCUCUCACCAUGAGUACAUUCCUAGAGAACACCUUCCCGUGUAUGCAAAGCCUGGACACCCUGCAGCAUCGAGCCAUGGAGGACUUCUACAAAGUCUGUUCCUUUUUCGGAGAGGACCCCAAGAGCUCCACCACCGAGACGUUUUUUUGGAUAUUUGCCGAUUUCAUCAACAAGUUUGAGAAAGCUUUUAGUGACCUUCAAACAGGUGACACUCAGUUGCCACCAAGGAAUCCCUCUCCACCCGUCUGGUAGCCGCUCUCUCCCUCCCCAUCUGGGAAUCGGAUGGUAGCCCACCCUGAGGCGCACAGCGCCGGCACUUCCAACCGGCGAUCCUGGAAAGGCUUCAUGACCGUGGCCACGGAGGAGGCCGAGAGAAACGACAGAAGAUGGAAGGAUCCGGAGCCGACAGUUAUUAUUAUUAUUAUUAUUAUUAUUAUUAUUAUUAAUAAACCUUUUUAAUGCCUGAAAGACUUCUUCUAAGU